ACAACCACAGCACCUACUACGACAACUACAACUGUAGCUCCUACGACCACCACAACUGCAGCUCCAACUACAAAAACUGUAGCUUCUAUUACCACUUCAACUGCAGCACCUACUUCAACUACAACAACUGUAGCUCUUACGACCACCACAACUGCAGCACCUACUACGACAACGACAACACCUACCACGACAACCACAGCACAUACUACGACAACCACAACUGUAGCUCCUACGACAAUCACAACUGCAGCUCCAACUACAACAACUGUAGCUCCUACGACCACCACAACUGCAGCUCCAACUACAAAAACUGUAGCUUCUAUUACCACUACAACUGCAGCACCUACUUCAACUACAACAACUGUAGCUCUUACGACCACCACAACUGCAGCACCUACUACGACAACGACAACACCUACCACGACAACCACAGCACAUACUACGACAACUACUACCACAACCACAACACCUACUAUGACAACCACAACACCUACUACGACAACCACAACACCUACUACGACAACCACAACACCUACCACGACAACCACAACACCUACCACGACAACCACAACACCUACCACGACAACCACAACACCUACUACGACAACCACAACAGCACCUGCUACAAUAACUACAACUGCAGCUCUUACAACAACCACAACUUACAAACGGGCCAUGACUGGCCCAGCUGACCCGGGCCAACUGCGCAACGCCAUCUCCUCCCAAGGAGCCUCCAUUGUUAGGCACGGGGAAUUGCUUCAUGGUCUUAUGGAGGGGGUCCAAACGUUGAAUGAGCGCCAUGACCGGACUUUGGACGUGCUGCUGGAGCAAUUACACUGGAAUUCUGGGGGGCAGCCUGCCAUGGUGGUAACCACACCGCCGCUCAGUAACUCAGCGGUUAGCAGCGCCGCCCACCGACCACUCCACCUUCCCGGGAGCCCCGUUUACCUCCCCAGAACGCUUUAA